UGAGCGCGACCGCACGGACGUAAACGCUAAAAGUGCAAUUUGUGUGAAAAUAGUGAUUAAGUGAACAUUUUAAUAUGUAUCAUUAUAAUGUGACGAUGACUCCGAUCAUUACUGUUACGAAGAAAAAUCGAAGUGAUGAUGGUGAAAGUGUUGAAUGUAGCCUUCAAGCCAGGCUACAGAACAAAGCAAAUGUAAAUAUGGCGUACAAAAUCAAUGAUUAUUAUGACGAAGCAUUGCCAAAAAAUGAAUUAAAACUAGUAGUACCAGUAAGGAGAUGGGAAAAGCGAAUGGGCUUCGUUACCCCUAUUCGUUGGACGAGUUCUAUAACAAUAAUUUUAUUUCACAUUGCUGUUAUCAUAUAUAGUUUAUAUGUAAUUUCUAUUGAUGGGGCUCCUAAUUGGAAAACUGUAAUCUUUUCAAUAUUUUGCGGAGGUUUUAGCGGCUUUGGUAUAACUGCAGGUGCGCAUCGCUACUGGACACACCGGUCCUAUAAGGCUAAACUUCCUCUACAAAUAAUAUUGAUGAUAUGUUACUCAAAUGCUGGACAGAACAGUAUUCCCGAUUGGGUGCGGGAUCACCGUCUUCAUCACAAAAUGUCAGAGACUUCUGCAGAUCCACACGACGCCAAUAGAGGGUUCUUCUUCGCGCAUAUGGGCUGGCUUAUGAUGAAGAAGCAUCCACACGUCAUUAGAGAAGGGAAUAAAAUCGACAUGAGUGACAUUCUAAGCGAUCCUUUAGUUAAAUUUCAUACAAAAUAUUUCUACAUUUUCAAAAUUCUAAUUUGUUUCGUACUGCCAACCCUCGUACCAAUAUUUCUAUGGGAUGAAACGAUAAAAACAGCUAUUGCAGGCACCUUGAUUCGAUAUUUUCUUAGCUUACAUUUUACAUGGUCAGUUAACAGUUUUGCCCAUUUAUGGGGAAAUAAGCCAUACGAUGUCAAUAUAAUGCCAACGGAAAAUUGGAAAGUAUCACUUGUAGCUAUGGGCGAAGGCUGGCAUAAUUAUCAUCACAGCUUCCCAUGGGAUUACAAAGCGGCAGAACUCGCCUACUUAUUGAACUCGACGACAUUUUAUAUCGACUGUUUCGCAUCAAUUGGUUGGGCAUACGACUUGAAGCAAGCAUCACCCUCACUUAUAAAAGCCGUAAUAAAUAGUCGAGGUCCUAAAGAACAUAAUCAUUGA